GGUCACGCACUGUACUGUGCUGAGUAAACAGACGCAGACUGAGCCGCUGAACAAAUAGUAGUACAUUCGCUGCAGCACCCACUUCACAGUUCCCAUGUUAUGCGGUGAGGGCAAGCUACCCCUCUGUUGGCCAUUUUUUUUUUGAAGAAGGGAGGUUAGUUCAGGGAAAUGUUGGGAAAGAUCUUUUUCCUGCUCUGCUUGUCAUCUACUUUGGCAGAACAGCGCUGUACACCGGAUGCUUCAGACGGCUACAAAGUUCGACUCAGCAUCAGAACUGCUCUGGGGGAUCAAGCUUAUGACUGGAAUGAAAAUGAAUUGUUCCUUUUCCGAGCGACUCUGGCUUUUGCCAUGAGGAAUCACAUCAACCGACAGGAAUUUGACGUGUCAAACAUCAUUGUGUGUGAUGAGACUCCCAGAGUGUCCUUCUGGUUCGUGGUGACGACUCCGCUGAACACUUCAAACCUUGUUGAUAAAGAAAAUGUGGAGGAGGCUAUCAGAAAGUCCAGGAAACGGAUCAACAGCGCUUUCCUGCUAACUGAUAAAACUCUGGAGUUUCUCGGUAUCCCUCCCACCCUGGCAGCACCAGUCAACCCUAACACCCCUCCAUGGCUGAUUGUGUUUGGGGUGGUCAUGGGUGCCGUGGGUGCUGGCAUCAUCGUUCUGCUCGUGUCCUCUGUGUUCCAAAAGAAACGCAAAACAGCCGAGGAGACAGUCGAUGAGGACAUUGAAGAGGAGACACGGGUGAAAACGGUGGAAAAUGGCACUGCAAACGAGGGUGUUUACAACAUGACAUUCUCAGAGGAUGAGCGAUUCACACAGAUGUAAAACGCUUCUAUAAAAAACUCGAAAUAUCUGCAAAAAGAUGGGGGAAAAGUUAUUAAGCUGCUCCAGGUGGACUAUUUUUGCGCUGUAAAAUCUGAUCAUUUCAAAGCAUGACUUUUAAUUAUAGUUGAAGCUCCUCAUUUAAAAUGAUUUCUGCGGGGUUUUUUUGUUUGUUUUGGAGAUUUCUUUUGCUUAACAUUUCUAUACAGUAAUAAAAAGAAACAAGCACUUGCUUUUUUUUAUGCCAGCGCUUUAAUUUCCAAAUCGAUGUAUCGUUUUUCUCUGCUGAUUGAUGACAAAUCCAAGAUCUGUUUGAGAGAGUAUGUCUGUGGAUAUGUUGCAGUAGCCGAUGUCUGUGAUCUGCUCUUUGAGAAGAAACGAACCAUUCGAUACUAACCAUUUACUGUACCGUAUAUUUAAAGAAUGAGAUGGAAACCAGUAAUAAAACUGGUCCCAUUUAAGAAUUUCAGACAAAGUCUCAUUCCAAGCUCAACAAGGCCAGUCAUGUAUGUUGAACUGGGAUUUAUGGCAUAAAACAGAAUUAAGCCAUUUUAUGAUACAGAAUAUACUAUGCAUAUAUCUAGCUAUCUGUAUCUGUAUAUUUAUAUUUUUCUAACUGGGAACAAUAGCGAGGCUACUGACUAUAUUUAACCUGCAUUUUUUUCCAACAUGUGAUUGAUUUUGAGGUCAUCAAAUCGUAAUGAGGGCCCAGAGGAGAUGUCUGUUUUGAGUAGAUCCUUUUGCUGUUAUCCUCUUUGUUUCUCUAAACUUUUCUAGACGAGUGACAGUGAAACCCCCCUAAAGUCAGUGAUGGGCUUAUAGCUCCCGUAUUUGACGUAGAGUUCAAGCUCAUGAUCCCGAUGGUUGGACACAGUAUUGCUAGACACAUAUUGUUACGACAGUCAGAACAGAGUGUCAUUCUUUGCAUUUGAGCACAGAAAUUUGUGUAAUUUUGUGUAUUGUUCAAGGUAGAGUCCCUGACAAACACUGUGGUUUGAAAGCAAAAGCCCCCUUGAACACGCUGCAGUAAAAGACAAAGCUUCAAACUUUCCCAAUUCUAGGCCACUGAACAGACUUAGAAAACAUGAUGCCCCUUCAUUGGCCCAGAUGAAAGCACAGCGUGUCAAAAUGCUCCCCCUUAUCUGGGCUCAGUGCAGGUACAAAGUUUCAAGAUUAUGUCAAAACUAAUGUGGCACAGUCUUCAGUUUAAAAUGUGAUUUUUGACUUUUCUGCCUCCAGCAGUUUUUUGGGGUAAAGGAAUAGGUUCAUUGCCUUAUUUUUUUUUUCCUGCAUUGAACCGUAAUUUUUUCACAGAUACUAAAAUUACUCACUUGCAUAUGUACACACAUGUAAAAGCACACAUUCUAAGUCUUGUGAAAUGAUAUCUAUGGAUACUGGAUGUUUCAAUAAAAAACUACCCUGUGUCAGUGAGUAUUAGUCCAAACACUGUCAUUGACC